AUGUGGAAACUAAAGAUAGCACAAGGAGAGGAUCCAUGGCUUGUGAGUACAAACAAUCACGUCGGUCGACAACAUUGGGAGUUCGAUCCGGUGGCCGGAACACCGGAAGAACGAGCUGAGGUUGAGAAGGUCAGAGAGGAAUUUAAGAAAAAUCGUCUCAAGAAGAAGCAAAGUGAUGAUCUUUUAAUGAGAAUGCAGUUGCGGAGAGAAAACCCAAGUUUGGCAAUGCCACAAGGAAUCACAUUGAAGGAAAAAGAGGACAUAACAGAGAAAGCAGUAAACAUGACAGUUAAGAGAGCCAUAAACUUCUUCUCUACUAUUCAGGCCCACGAUGGUCACUGGCCUGCUGAAUCUGCCGGCCCGUUAUUUUUCCUCCCACCACUUGUAAUAGCCCUACACAUUACAGGAGCAACUAAUACGAUUCUCUCUCCACAACACCAAAAAGAAAUCAAGCGUUAUAUCUACAAUCACCAGAAUGAAGAUGGAGGAUGGGGACUUCACAUAGAAGGGCACAGCACCAUGUUUGGUUCAAUAAUUAGUUACAUAGCCCUAAGGUUGUUAGGAGAAGGCCCUGAUGAUGGGGAAGCUAACGCCGUCACGAGGGGUCGUCAAUGGAUCCUUGAUCACGGUGGCGCCACCGGAAUUCCAUCCUGGGGGAAGUUUUGGCUCACGGUACUUGGAGUGUACGAAUGGGAUGGGUGCAACCCCAUGCCCCCUGAGUUUUGGUUACUCCCUAAGAUUUCACCCAUGCAUCCAGGAAAAAUGUUAUGCUACUGUAGAUUGGUGUAUAUGCCAAUGUCAUAUCUAUACGGAAAGAGGUUUGUUGGUCCUAUUACUUCACUCAUUUUAUCACUCAGAAGAGAGCUCUACAUUCAACCUUAUAAUGAGAUCAAUUGGAACAAUGCUCGGAAUUCUUGUGCUAAGGAGGACCUUUACUAUCCACAUCCUCUAAUGCAAGACAUGGUAUGGGGAUUCCUUCACCACUUCACGGAGCCAAUUCUGAACCGUUGGCCCUUCUCAAAGCUUAGAGAGAAGUCGAUGAAGAUCGCAAUGGAGCACGUUCAUUAUGAGGACGUUGCCAGUAGAUAUCUCUGCAUUGGUUGUGUGGAAAAGGUUCUCUGUUUGCUUGCUUGCUGGGUGGAAGAUUCAAAUUCGGAAGCAUAUAAAAGACAUCUAGCUAGAAUCCCAGAUUACUUUUGGCUUGCAGAGGAUGGAAUGAAAAUGCAGCAGAGUUUCGGUUCCCAAAUGUGGGAUGCAGCAUUUGGAAUUCAAGCAAUAUUUGCAAGUGGUCUCAUACAAGAGUAUGCUCCUACACUAAAGAAAGCACAUGAUUUUGUCAAAGCCUCUCAGGUUAAAGAAAAUCCUUCUGGAAAUUUCAAAGAGAUGUAUAGACAUAUUUCUAAAGGAGCUUGGACUUUUUCGAUACAAGAUCAUGGUUGGCAAGUCUCUGAUUGCACUGCAGAGGGUCUCAAGACCGCACUCCUAUACUCAAGUAUGCCAACAGAAUUUGUGGGAGAAAAAAUGGACGCAGAAUGCUUGUACGAUGCUGUAAAUGUUACUCUAUCGCUGCAGAGUGAAAAUGGCGGAUUUCCAGCUUGGGAGCCCCAAAGAGCUUUUCGUUGGAUUGAGAAAUUUAACCCUACGGAAUUCUUUGAAGACGUUCUUAUAGAAAGAGAGUAUGUUGAGUGCACGUCCUCAGCAAUUCAAGGUCUUACACUCUUUAAGGAGUUAUACCCGGGACAUAGGAAGAAAGAAAUUGAAAUGUGCAUUGCUAAAGGACUAGACUACAUUGAAGAGACACAAAAUCCUGAUGGUUCUUGGUACGGUUGUUGGGGGAUUUGUUAUACUUACGGGACCUGGUUUGGAGUUGAGGCAUUAGUUGCUUGCAGGAAGAACUUCUACAAUAGUCUUGCAUUGCGCAAAGCUUGUCAUUUUUUGAUUUCAAAGCAAUUACCCGAUGGCGGUUGGGGUGAGAAUUACCUCUCUAGUCCAAAUAAGGUUUACACAAACUUGGAAGGGAACAAGUCGAAUUUGGUGCAAACUUCUUGGGCAUUGUUGUCCCUUAUGAAAGCAGGAUUUGGGCAUGUGGAUCCAACACCCAUAGAACGAGGGAUAAGAGUAUUAAUUAACUCACAGAUGGAAGAUGGAGACUUUCCACAACAGGAAAUCACUGGCGUGUUCAUGAAAAAUUGCACCCUAAAUUAUUCAUCAUAUCGAAAUAUCUUUCCUAUAUGGGCUCUUGGAGAAUAUCGUCGUCUACGGGCAGAAAAAACAAUGAGAUUUCAACUUUGAUAAGCUCGCAGGAAUAUCGAGCUAGAUACACAUUACACAUUUUUAGAUCUCAUUUAUGUAACAUUAUUAAUGUCAAAGAAAUUUCAACAUAAUGUAAUACUUCCUCUUUUCCAAAUCAUUUGCCAAUUGCCAUUUUUAUCUACCUUUAUCUCUCUCUUUUUCAUAUAACUUUCCUAAAAGCCGUGUCAAAGGAUGAUGUAAUUGAUGUUACAAUAUAAAGGAAAGGAAAAAGUAUUAAGGAAACUAGAUUUGAUCAAAGUGAGGCAAGCCUGGCUUGAAAAUUGUAUGGGCUUGGGAAGCCCCAAACUUUUUUUUUUUUUGGUUUUGGCUUGGGAAGGGUUUAGGGCAACCUAAAAUGAUAUUUUAGUUCAAAUUUUGACCGAUUAGAUUUUGGCCCGAAAAAUCCGUUGUUUUUUGCUCGAAAAAAUGGGCUUUGGACACAAAAAAGUUGGCCUGGAAUUUGGCGGGGCCUAACAAAUGGACAAUUUUUUUUUAGGUGCGGACGACCCAACCACCAUUUAAACACCUCUAGGAAACCGGUAAAUAUAUGAAGUAGGAACCAGUGACAUAGACGGGAUUCGAUCCUACAUCUUCGGUACCACGUACGCCCCAACAAGAUUUUACCAUCUAAGCUAUAUGCAUUCACAUGAGACUAGGGGUGCUAAUCGAGUCACGCAGCUCGCGAGAAAUUCGAGCUCAAUCCGGUCAACGCUCGAUCAAAACUUGACUAGACUUGGCUCAACUCAGCUCGAAACUUUAACAAGCACGAGUUGAGCAUGAACCUGCUCGACUCGUUACGCUCGCAAGCAACUUAACAAUUUUUUUCUUAUAUAUAAUUUUAUUUGUUUAAAAUUUAUGUUCAAAUGGAGGCAUGGAGGAACCACUGUUUUGGUAAUUGUUGUAAUGCUUUUCCUUUGAAAAAAGUUAAGAAAAUCAAUCUCAAACUAAUUUUACCUUAUUAAUCUUAACCGGCUAGCGAACAUUCCAUCGAGUCGAGGUCGAGUCGAGUUGCAAACAAUUAACGAGCACGAGUCAAGCAAGGGUUUGGCGAGAUUAACGGGUUUUUAAGUUGAGUCAAAUAGGGUUUGCGAGUUUUCGAGUCAAGCAGGGACUUGCUCGCGAUCGAUUCACUCGAUAAGCACCUGUACAGGAGACAAUGAUUUUUAACAAAUUAAAGUAUAUAGAUUUUAGAUUUUCUCUUAUACUUUUCCCAAAAAAAAAAAAAGAAGGGGGUUUCAGAGGCCCUGUAUACGAGGGGAACUCCUAAAACAUCGUUUACAAUGAUGAAAUUUAGACCUGAAUUAGUACAAUUUACAAUAAGAAAGUGAGAGUUAACAAAGUAACCAACAUUUGCAAUCCAAUCUGCUGCUUGUUGGCUUCAUGG